CCUACUUUUUGUGACAAAGUGACGUUUAAAAGAUAAAAAUAAAUCGCACAAUCAUUAAAGAAGCCCUGUGACGCACUGCGUGUAUAUGAGAAGUUCCCGGAUGUUCAGAACAAAAUGGCGGCGCCCUGUGGGAGAUUAGUGAGGUCGGGGAUAAAAGCAGGUCUUCAGUACUUAUCCAGCAAAAAUCUGUGUUUAACGACGACUCGUGUGCAGAACCUGGCCUGCUUGAGACAUCGUUGGUGUGUGUUACAGCACCGAGCUCUUCACUGUAGCAGUUUCUGUUUAGUACACAGCACCAAGACAGAGAGAAGGACAGAUCCCUUGAAUAAUACAAAUGACUGGGAAAAGAAAGAACCAGAAGGAGAGGAAGACUCUGGACCGGAGUAUAUUCCUAAGAGGAAAGCGAAAAACCCGAUGAAAGUGAUCGGAUACGCGUGGAUGUUCGGUCUUCCAGCCGGAAUAAUUGGGUUUAUUCUGGCUAAAAGGCAAGUGGACAAGAACCGGCUCCAGCAGCUGAAGAUCCGACAGAGGAUGAAGAAAUCCAACGAAGGAGAAUAUGAGCGUGAGCGCUACAAACCAGCAGGGAUCCAGUAACUGGAGUGUUUGUGUUGGAAUCAGGAAAAAAUCUAUUCUUUGUAAAUAACAGACCUGUAAUAAGUUUAAAGUGAUGAAUUUUUAUGGUCUAAUAUAUUGAAAAUGGGAGGCUCAGAUUUCACCUCCUUAAGUCGCACUGUGAAUUUGGUGAAAAGCAGAAAAUCAGCAAAUCUUUUGUCCAAAAAUUCAGUUCUCAGAGUUUUAUCAAAUUCACAGCGUACGUUGAGGAACAAAGGAGCACAGCGAGGCACUUAGUCUCGUGCUCUCACACUGCAGUGUCAACAUCUGUGUGUCUUGUAGAAACUAGCUUAGUUAUGGUAGCUAUAAACUGAUGUUCUCUCACCAAUCUCUUAUUUUUCUGUUGAAAUUAAGAACACCGUGAUAUUGUCAUGAUACAAGGUAAAAACAGUGUACAUUCCUCAGACCUUACAAAUACUGCUGAACCUCUGACACUGGAGACUCCUUCCAUAUGUUCAAUAAACAUUUAACAGAAAACACGA